UUCCUUUUUCGCGGCCUCCAGUCUCCAAGCCCCUCGGAGACUCAACUCGGCCUCCAUUCCCUCUCCGAUUUCGUUCUAGGGUUCCGUCUCCGCUCGACCGCCUGCCACUCUUGCGAAGACAAAGCCGUCUGUGUCUGGAGUACACUGUGCCCCGCAGCCACCGCGCCCCCGCCAUUCUCUGAAGUCUCGUUCUUCAUCGUCAUCUACUCCGGCGAAGAAGGGAAUAGCAUUUGUUAAGAAGAGCGAAGAGAUGCAGGUUCCCGUUGUUAGAAUACAUCUUUGAAGUGAGGUAUUGAAUUGAAGUGGACCUGUUUCUUGACACUAAACGAUAACCUAGUUCAUAUUUCCUGGUUAUUUGGGCCAUCAUUAUGGCCGUACAUUCACAGCUCAGGCUUAUUGGUUACUCACAAGAUAUUGUAGAUGGGCAGCCAAUAUUAGUUUCUUCCAAUUGUACUCCUGUCAAGGCUUGGAAAUUUGAACCUGCGGGUCAUGCUUUCCAUUCUGCUGUACUUAAACUUCUUGGUGUAGAGGAAGAAAACUUGGAUGCUGCUGAUGAUAAAAAAGUGGUUGAUGAUAAUGAACAUAAUUAUUUUCCAUCAUCUGAUUCUUAUAGCAGCAAGAGUAAAAAGAAAUCUGGUUCUGGAGACAAGCAACAAGAUCACUAUGCAUUGUUGGGUUUGGCCCAUCUAAGAUACCUUGCCACAGAGGAUCAAAUACGUAAAAGCUAUCGUGAAACUGCUUUGAGGUAUCAUCCUGACAAACAGGCAGCACUACUUCUUGCUGAGGAGACUGAAGCUGCAAAGCAGGCAAAGAAGGAUGAGAUAGAAAGUCAUUUUAAGGCAAUCCAGGAAGCCUAUGAAGUUUUGAUUGAUCCUGUGAAGAGAAGAAUCUAUGAUUCCACAGAUGAAUUUGAUGAUGAGAUCCCUACUGACUGCACCCUACAAGACUUCUUCAAGGUCUUUGGUCCCGCUUUUAUGAGGAAUGGGAGGUGGUCAGUUAAUCAACCUGUUCCAUCUUUGGGUGAUAACAAGACUCCAUUAAAAGAAGUUGAUAAUUUCUACAGUUUCUGGUACACCUUCAAAAGCUGGAGAGAAUUCCCUCAUGCUGAUGAAUUUGAUCUUGAGCAAGCUGAAUCUCGAGACCACAGGAGGUGGAUGGAAAGGCAGAAUGCUAAAUUGUCAGAAAAAGCAAGGAAGGAAGAAUCUGCGAGGAUACGUGCUCUUGUUGAUAAUGCUUAUAAAAGAGAUCCUAGAAUACUGAAGAGGAAGGAAGAGGAAAAAGCUGAGAAGCAAAGAAAAAAGGAUGCUAAGUUACUUGCAAAGAGGCUGCAGGAAGAAGAAGCUGCUAGAAUUGCAGAAGGGGAGAAGCGGCAAAAGGAGGAGGAAGAGAAACGAGCUGCAGAAGCUGCUUUACAACAGAAGAAGUUGAAGGAGAAAGAGAAAAAGCUCUUGCGAAAAGAGCGUGCUCGUCUACGAACACUUUCAGGACAUAUCACAUCACAAAAUUUACUUGGUAUAUCUGAGGAUGAUAUAGAAGGUCUUUGUAUGUCACUUGAUACUGAGCAGUUGAGGUGUUUGUGUGAGAAAAUGGAUGGCUUACAGAUGCUAGAACAAGCAAAAGUUCUCAGAGAAGCACAUGAUUACAAAAAAGAUGGAGAAAAUAAGAAAGGAGAAGAAACAACUGAUCAACAUAAUGGUUCUGUCAAGGCUAAUGGGAGUGCCUCACUGGGAAACUUGGAGAGGAAGGAAAAACCUUGGAGUAAGGAAGAGAUUGAUCUAUUAAGAAAGGGAAUGGUAAAAUAUCCCAAAGGAACUUCACGAAGAUGGGAAGUUAUUUCAGAGUAUAUUGGUACUGGACGAUCUGUGGAAGAAAUCAUGAAGGCAACGAAAACAGUUCUCCUCCAGAAGCCUGAUUCCUCCAAAUCCUUUGAUGCUUUUCUUGAGAAAAGGAAACCUGCACAAUCAAUUGCAUCUCCACUCACAACUAGAGCAGAGUUAGAAGGGGAAUCAACUCCUGUGAUCUCCCAUAGUGAUGCUUCCUCGACAACAAAUAACCCGGAGGACUCUAGCAGCAAAAUUGCUGACAACCAAGUCUCCUCUGGUUCAGUAACUGCAAAUGGAGUAUCCUCUAAUUCAGACCAAGAUGUCUGGUCAGCUGUACAGGAGAGAGCAUUGGUUCAGGCUUUGAAAGCCUUCCCGAAGGAAACUCCCCAGCGAUGGGAAAGAGUUGCAGCAGCCGUCCCAGGAAAGACUAUGAACCAGUGCAAGAAAAAAUUUGCAUUGAUGAAGGAGAACUUCAGAAACAAGAAAAAUGCAGGUUGAUGUGAUGAAGAAAUGAUGAGCUGAUUCAAUGAUCCUUCGAAAGUAGAGCCAUUUUUUGGGCCUCUUAUGGGUGACUUUGUGAUGCUGCUGUUUAGAUCCCAAAGCUAAUAUUUUGAAGAGAAAGAGAGCCCCCCCUGAAUAUAGGUUAGUUUCAAAUUCUUACUUCAUAUCCUUAGUGAUGCUUAAAUUUGAUGGGUAGGUAAUUUUCUACGUUCUUGUUGGAUACUCUAUACCAUGGGUGGAAUACAAUUUUGUUGUAUUUGAUUACACAGAGAGUGAACAUCAUAUUACAGAUCAAACAGCAAAUGCUAGUUAGCUAUAUCUUUUGUAGACGGAGUUGAUAUAUCUUUUAUAGAUCGAUUUUACUAGAGAAGUUUUCAUUUGUCC